CAGCCAAACCUCAAACAUCAAAUCCAAAAGGAAUGAAGAGAUGAGCCAACAAGACGCUUCCGCUACUGGUAGCAACAAUGGCGCGACGCCUCCCACCUUCGAGGGAGCUCUCCCUGCCCCACCAAUAUAUGACAUAAUCAUGGCGAAUCGUUUGGCCGAGUCCAAGUACAACCACAAGAAGGCACUGCAUCGAGAUGUUCCGCUCAAAAGUCCCUCGUCCGAACUAGCCAUUGACAACUUGACGCGGUUGGCAUUGCCAUGUGUCCUACCUUGGUCACUCUCCACUUCUCAGACUCCCCAACAAGUGCCACCCGAUUUUUCCUGGAUGACCAACAGUUGUGGAGGCAAGGCUGCCAUUGGUCUUUUUGCCGGCGGAGCCAUGGGGCUGCUCAUGGGAGUCUUUUUGGGCGCCAUGUCCGACGCUACACCUCCGGUCACGCUCAUUGGUGGAAGAGAUGUCCCCCAGCCACCACUACGAGAACAAAUCAAAGUCACCAUGAGAGCCACGGCCGAAAAGUCCAAAUAUUGGUGUCGACAAUUCGCCUUUAUUACCGGAGUCUUUGGAGGAACCGAUUGUCUCGUCGAAAAGUUUCGUGGAAAACAUGACGUAUGGAAUAGUGUGGCCAGUGGAUGCAUCACGGGAGCGGCAUUGCAAGCCAAACAGGGACCUCACGCCGCGGCGGUGGGCUGUGGAGGCUUUGCGGCGUUUUCGCUGGUGAUUGAUACCGUCAUGGGCACGCACUAA